UUCACGUAAUGGCGCGAGAGCUAAAAAGUUGGUCUUUUUGGAGGGCAGUUUUGGCAGAGUUUGUGGGGAUGACCCUUUUUAUUUUUAUUGGGAUAGCCUCUGCAAUCGGUAACAAACACAACAGAUUUCCUGACCAAGAGGUUAAAGUCGCCUUAGCUUUUGGUCUGGCGAUCGCCACACUGGCACAGAGUUUAGGGCAUAUCAGUGGAGCUCACCUGAAUCCAGCUGUUACUUUAGGACUGUUAGUUAGCUGUCAGAUCAGCUUCUUCAGAGCCAUCAUGUAUAUUAUUGCCCAGAUGGUGGGGGCUGUGUUGGCAAGUGGCAUCAUGUUCAAAGUUAGCCCGGACCCUCAAACCACACUGGGCCUCAAUACGCUGAGUUCUGGUGUAUCAGUGGGUCAGGGAUUUGCCAUUGAGCUUUUUGCAACAAUGCAGCUGGUCCUCUGUGUCCUGGCAACAACAGAUACACGUCGGACUGAUGUAAUGGGCUCUGCACCUCUUGCCAUCGGACUGUCGGUCGGUUUAGCACACCUGUUUGCAAUCAGUUACACUGGGUGUGGCAUCAAUCCUGCUCGAUCUUUCGGACCAGCUGUUAUUCUUGAAGCCUUCAAAAACCACUGGAUAUAUUGGAUUGCACCCAUGUGUGGAGGGGUGGCUGCUGCCCUUGUCUACGACUUCUUGCUGUACCCAAAGAAGGAGGGCUUUGGCAAGCGCAUGAAUGUUCUGAAAGGCACGGAACCAGAAUCCUCUGCGACUGAACCCCUAAUCGAACCCCGAACCCCCAGAUCUGGUUCUGGUCAGUGGCCCAGACCAUGACAUGUGAUGAGUCUUGUGUUCUGGGAGAUGAGUGAGUAGAGAUUAUAGCACCCAGAAGCUAAUUCUACAGGAUACUGAUGCAUUGUUUUGAUGGGAAUCCACUUUAUAAUAAAAUCAAUUUACUCUUACUGAUCGGACAUUUAAAGCUAAUUAUCAUUAUGUUGUUUGUAAGCUGAAUAUCAAACCUCUUGAAACCAUUGUCUUGCCUUAAACAAACAAACAAAUAAAGGAAGAAAGGAAGGAAAGGAAGGCCAGCGAUGAUUUUAUCACAGUUAGUAGCUUGACUUGACCUUCAGCUGAUGAAUGGAUAUACGUCAUGCUUUGACAGUCUAGGAUUUUACUAUGUUAUUCUGCCACUCUGUCUGCUGACGUAUGCUUUAAUUUGUGUGUAAGCAACUCUUGUGUAAAAUUAAAACACAAUUCAAUAAGCAUCUGAUGAAACUGAAAUAAGCUCAUUGUGCAGCUGCAGGGUUCAACGUUCACAUUCAUCAUCAUCCCAACACACAGGAUAUUUUCAUUCAUUUUGUCAGGCUAAUGGAUUGCAAUAAAUAAAAGAAUGUACAAAUGAAUUCUUAUUGUUUAAUGAGCUAUUGUCCACAUUUAUUAGUUUUGUCCUGAUCAUAUG